CUCGGCCCUUGCUGUGGAAAUUUCUCGAAGAGGGUUCCGGGUGCCCUGUGGGAAAGGAGACAGCCACCCCGCGCUCGAAACGCCCCCCUGCCACCUCGACAGCGGGCUGGGCUGGCAACGAGCGCCCUGGCCCCCUGACCCCGGCCAGGCUCCGCCCCUUCCUGGUUGUCUUAGCGACGGCGGUGGCGUCCCAAGAUGGCGUCGCGGCUGCCGGAGACACUGUUCAAAAUAGUAGGACAAGGCCCGGCGCCCAGUAAAGACUAUUACCAGUUGCUGGUCACCCGUUCUCAGUUACUCUUCAGAUGGUGGAAGAUUUCUCUGAGGAGCGAGUACCGGGAAAUGAAAGAAACUCAUGAAGACUUCCUAGAGCAUUCACACCUUCAAGUUCAAGUUGCCCUAAUAUUUGGUGCACGGAUACUAGACUAUGUCUUCAAUCUGUGUGAAGGUAAUUUUGACUACCUUGAACGGCUCUCAGACAAACUGCUCCUGAAGACUGUCAGUUACCUGGACCUGGAAGAUGUUGCCAGACUUUCUCAGACAUCACGCAGGUUCGAAAAGCUGUGCAGGUCUGACUCGCUGUGGGAGCAAAUAGUUCUGAUGGCCUGUGACACCAUCACCUCCAACAUGAGAGCCCUGGCGAAGGAUGUGGGCUGGAGACACAUGUUCUUCACCAACAAGAUCCAGCUCCAGCAGCAGAUCUGCAGGAAGAAGCAAAGGCAGGGAAAGCAGGGGGAGAAGACAGUGUAGGGCCAGCUUUCCACCAGAGGGGCAGGGUGCUGCUGCCGGCAGUCCAAACCUCAUUCCCUCUUAAGAGCAAGUAGGUCUUGCUGAUUGCAGGAGUCAUUUGA